AUGCUCAUAGUCUGUCGUGCACUUGCAGGACUCGGGCCAGCGGCGUAUCUCCCGGCGAGCAUUGCUCUUCUCGGGAAAAUCUACCGGCCAGGACCGCGCAAGAAUCGAGUAUUUGCACUGUACGGUGCCUUUGCACCGCUUGGGUUCUUCUUCGGUAUCCUCUUUGGUGGCAUCACAGGCGAAUACUUGACCUGGCGCUGGUACUUUUAUCUGGGAUCCAUUAUGCUAGGCAUUUUCUGUUUGGCGGGUGUUACCACCAUUCCGAACGACUUUCAUCGCACACCACCAUCCGCCAUCCAAAUGGAUUGGCUGGGUGUUGUGACAGUCGUCCCUGGCCUCAUCCUCUUGGUCUACGCCAUCACCGACAGCUCUCAGGCUCUAAGUGGAUGGGCAAGCCCUCGGAUCAUUGUUACACUGAUUCUUGGUGUCGGAUUUUUUUGCCGCAGCUGUUACGUUGCCGUGAAGCCGCUCUUGCCUGCUGAGCUGUUCCGUACAACGGGUAUGACGCCACUCGCGGUAGCACAAUUUGGCCUCUACAGCACCUUUGGCAUCUUUCUUCUCUACAGCAGCUUCUAUCUCGAACUUGUUGUCGGCAAGUCGCCGCUGGUGACCGCUGUGUGGUUCCUACCGAUGAUUAUCGGCGGUCUAUUCAUUGGAAAGGUGGGAGGCUUGGUCUUGCACCGCCUCCAUGGAACAGUGCUUCUGUGUCUUUCUGGUGUGGGGACUGUGGUCUGUGUAUUGCUUUUUGCCCUGAUGCCUGCAGAUCCGAACUACUGGGCCUGGGUGAUGGCAUCCAUGAUUGCGGCAACAAUUGGUAUCGAUAUUGCUUUCACAGUCAGCAAUGUGUUUAUCACAACGAACCUGCCAGGACACCAGCAGAGGCUUGCUGGAGCUUUCAUCAAUAGUUUGUUGUUCUUGGGUGUAAGCUUCUUUUCCGGGUUUGGGGAAGUUGCAGUCUCGCAUACCAGCCAUCUCAGCCGACAGAAGAACUAUCAGGUUGCAUUCUGGUUCGCUGUCGGGGUGUCUGGUGUAUCGUGCCUCAUUCUGCCCUUUAUCAAAAUAGGACAUGCCAAGAGUGAACUUACAGUAGAGGAGCGCGAGGGAUUAGAAAGGUCAGAACGAACAUGA